GCCUGAAUAUGCCAGGCCGUAGAGUAAAGGCAUUUCGCAGAUUGGCUGGUGUAGAUAUUAGGAGCAAGGAUCGAAGCACGGAAAUAAUAAUGAAAACAGGACCAGUGUUGUCUCGACGUAUUCUUAUAUAGUCGCAGCACAACAACCAAAAAAUGGUGAUCAUAUGUAGGACUAUAUAUGUACAUGGAUGCCCAUAAAGAUUGAUGCGUGUAUAUAGUAUUUGUGUGCUUCUAACCACAUAUGCACGACGUUCUUGUAAGUAACGUCAGGACAAGCUAAGUUUCGUGUCUGUGGUUGUGGAGCUGGCAAUUUGGUUUUUCCGAGAAACUUUCAAACACAACAGGUCGUGGUGGUAAUAGUGGGUUGUUUGUUGUCGUACCUUGCUCAAUGUGCAACUGAAUGACACCGCCAACGACAAUUGCUGCCGAAUCUCUGCGACGAACCAACGACGUUACUGCAGUAUAUCCUCCGACCGACUUCUCUUCGUCUUGGUCCGCUGCCCUUCCAGCUAGCAGUAGAUCAGUGCAAUCUGCAGCAAUCAAAUACGCACAACAACCUUAUGGCAGCAUGGCAACAACAGUUCAAAACAAGCGCAAAAAAGCAAAGGAAGUAACUUCAGUUGGCGGUAGUACAGCCAUUGCUCGUUCCCUCAUGAUGCAGGGACUGUACUUGUUUUACAGGACGCCUGUGAAGGUAUGUCGCUUUCUGUAUAUUUUAUAUUUACAACUGUCUCUACCCGUCGGAAACCAGCUGAUUUACGAUUUGUACACAAAAAAGCUGUUUAGACCGCUACGAAUCGAUUAUCUAAUGAUGGCCAGGGCAUUGUUACCACCGGUCGAUGAAGCUUCUACAAAAAGAUUCUCGUUUCGAUACACGUCGAUUGGCAUGAUUUCACACGCAGUAAAAAAGCAAGGGUGGAAUUUUAUACCUCGUCAUAUCCUGCCACCACUGCUUGCAAAUACAAUGAUAGGCACAGUACUGUACACAACAUACAUUGCCUCGCUACCCAUGUUUCAUCCUGCUUCUUCGUUCCAGCUACACCGACCAUUUCCUCCGCCUCCUUUCUCAUCCGUAUUUAUGGCCGGCUGCCUUGCCGGCGCAAUGCAAUCCAUUGUUGCUGCUCCCUUGGACUCUGUCAAAAUCCGGUUUGAAGUGAGCGAUCUAAUGGAAGGAAAACAUCGGUCAAUGUAUCAGUUUGCAAAAUCAACCCUUAAAGAGCUGGGCAUCGCAAGCGCAUACCGUGGGUUUUCUCUGACGCUAGUGCGUGACUCGCUGUCGUGUGGAUUGUUUUUUGCCACGUUCGAAUGGGUCAAGCAACAGGGGUAUUAUUACUUUCUUGACGAGAUGUAUGGUCUACAAGUGGAUUCUCGGAAAACACUGCAUCAACUGGAAGGAAUGCAUCGGCAUCAUGGCGAAAAAGAUAUUAGCCAUUCUAUAUCCACCGAGAAAAGCGCGAAUCCAUCAAAUAUUGCUACCAAGGAACGACCGCCAUUGAUGCUCGAGCCGAUCUUUGUCAUUUUGGCGGGUGCAGCGGCAGCAGUAGCAUACCAAAUCAUUGAGCACCCAUUGUCAAAGAUACAUAGCAUAUUCUAUAUUGAAGAAGGACAAUCAGAAUUUACCCACAAAGAUAAGCGUGAGUCUGUGCGGGUGCUUUAUCGGAAAACAUGGGAGCAAUGCAAGCUGCAAGUACGAAUGCAUGGCGGAAGCUGGAGGAAAUUCAUGUACCAGGAGUUUGGCAGUACCGUGAUCAAGGUGGUUCCUGCAACUAGCAUUGGAUUUCUAGUGUUUGAACUCGUCAAGCGGGAGGUCGACUUUCGCAGUAUAGCAGCCUUUGAAGAGGAAUAUGAAACACUCGAUCCAUCACAUCCUUAGAAAACAACGUCUCCGAAACCAUAAUAUGUGUGUGUAAAUUUACUUUGCUUUUCCCCUUGUACAUAUACCCCUCCCCAGUCUCUGUCAUGUAGAAUAUACAUUUUGCUUUCUCGACGAUUUGCUUCGCUUAAUUAUAAUCUUUUCUCUUUGUUCCUCGCCACAUCUGUUUCAGUCUUCUAGUAAAUAAAAACCAAGUAAUAUGAAGGGCUAAUGGCCUAGAUCCAUCAGAAAAC